UUGUUUGAAGCAAACCUUUAAAGACCUCAUGACACGUGGAAAAUAAAGUAAUAUACAUACACACAUUGAAAGUACACAUACAAAAUAGUCACUUGAAGUUGGUUUUAAUCAUUAUGAUAGAGAAAUUGAGUUUGUACGGCCUUUUAAAAGUGCGAUUUUUGCGAUCUGCUACCGACCUUCCUAUUAGUCAGUCACAUGACCUAUGACGUACACUCCGGAACGGCUCCUUGGUCAAGACACUAUCCCACCUGUCACUCACGACUAUCCUGACACCUGUCAACAACAUGGAUUCUGACAACUCCGAUUCAUCCUCGGAUCCUGACACAUUUUUCGAAGUGGCAGAGUCCGACCCAAUGCUGGAGGACAAUGUGAGGGGCGUUAUGCCCUAUAGAUACGAGCCAUACUUGGAUGAGUUGGAGCCACAGGGUUCUACGGAAAGUUCGGAUGGCGAGGCAGAAGGCGCUGUUGGUGGUGCUGCUGUGGCAGACGGUCGGAUGCCUAUGGAUUUUGGCAGACUACAGCACGUGGAAUGGUGUUCUUGUGGGAGAUGUGAGCCAAUGCCACUGGUAGUGGAGUCGGUGUGCUGCCGCGAACAGUCAAGAGUGUGCGAGAGGAGAGAGGAGGAGGGAGCAGACACCCGCUGCAUCACAGAACAUUCUGGCUUUGAGCCAGUUUGUCUGAAUCUGCAUGUUCUGCGCACCGCACAUUUCCACUAUCGGCAAGAAUACGGGGAUGUAGAGGGAAACGAGUGGAAGAGGUACACUGGAUACAGACAGUUUGUGCGAUGGUGCUACGAGUACCUGGGAAGACAUGUCAGGGUCCCCAUACCUUCCUGUGUGGUGUGGUGUAUCCGGAGAACUUUUCCCUCCAUUGAUUACAGGGGGUUCCAGGACACCAACAGCCCGUGAUGAUACAUGUAUGCUGUUAACUUGUUAAUUUUGUUUUUUUAGUUUAAAUACAUGAGUUUGUAAAUACAUGAAAAUGAAUGUCAAUACAUGAUACCUCUGGCUUCACAUGAAUGUGUCUUCAUUUUUACAACUUACAACAGCUUACAACAAAUAGGCCUAGCAAAUCAAUUUACACCUUCACCAUGGAAGGGUAGCUGAUAUUUUUGAUCAUACGGUGUCUAAGAUGUGCUGUACUUCAGGGACAAUGCAAUACAAGCCCACAUGGAUAAGGGGGAAAACUGUAGCAACACAGACAUACUACACACCCUGUAAUGACACUUUUCAGAACACCAAGGUGAGGAUGGAGCAGGAGGUUCCCAACACAGUAAAUCAAAGCACUCACGGCAAAGAUGAAAUUAAGUUUGUGUUUAUUCCAUUCAGUCCGGUUCUCAUGUGUACAUUUAGGUGUUAUUUGUAAUGCUAAAGCGGGUCAUAUGUGCAUUGACUGCUGCCCUCUUAUCCGGCUUUUCGAAUGAUGCAUUGAGUGGCUCUGUAACAGGGGACGGGUCUGGGAUGUCAAAGUCAUCACCGUUGUAGUCCUCACCUCGACACAUGGCCUCCACCAUCCGCAUCAGCUCUUCAGCAUAGCC